AUUCGCCUCCGAGUCUCCCAGGGCUACGCCUCGACGUUUGCCUCCUCGAUAGCCAGAAAUCGUCUCCGAGGAGACUUGCUCCUCGUCCGAACCCGGAACCCGACGAGGCGGAGUCUCGAUCCCUCGCGUCCACCCGGAAGCCUCCCUCAUGGCGGACAAGGAGAAGAAGAAGAAGCCCAAGAAGAAGGAGGAAGAGAAGAAGGAUGCACCUCCUCCGGAGCCAACUCCGGAGCCUCCAGCGUCGGAACCGGCAGCGUCUUCUCAUGCAUCCACCACCCACACGCCGAGCGGAUCGCAGCGAGCGAGUAGCCGCGGCAGCAAGCGAGCAAAGCGAUCAGGCUCGAGCGUAUUCUCCAUGUUCACUCAGAAACAGGUCGCCGAGUUCAAGGAGGCGUUCCAGCUGAUCGACCAGGACAAGGACGGCAUCAUCAGCAAGAACGACUUGCGCGUGACCUUCGACAACCUGGGCAAGCUGGCCUCCGAGAAGGAGCUCGACGAGAUGAUCAACGAGGCCCCGGCGCCCAUCAAUUUCACCCAGCUGUUGAAUCUGUUCGCCACUCGCAUGUCAGGAUCAGGCUCGGACGAGGACGACGUCGUCAUAAAAGCCUUCCAGGCCUUCGACGAGGACGGCAAAAUCGACGGGGAGAGAUUGAGGCACGCCCUGCAGACCUGGGGCGAGAAGUUCUCCGCGAAGGAGGUCAACGACGCGUACGACAACAUGUACAUCGACGACAAGGGCUUCAUCGACACCCCCAGCCUGAUCGCCAUGCUGACGGGAACCGGCGACGACGAGGACGAAUGAAGGACCUAGAGGACCUCCGCUCGAGGACGUAACCUCCGAUCGCCGUGGGCCACGGUGCGCGCGGCGCAGCGGAAGGGAGAUCGACGACUCGCCUGCGGCGACCCGGGGCCACGUCCUCGAGCACCUGGCCGUCCAGGACGUCCCCGGGCGAGGGGCUGGCGCGUCCAUAUUAUCGUUCAUACAAUAAACCUAUUUUCAAACACCACGAGGACGGCUGUGAUUUCGACCCGCGAGGGCUCAGCGUGUUGCGGCGACAGACGGAGACCCCCGGGCUCCGGUCCCGGCUUAGACCGCGAGGUCGACCGGUCGAGACGAACUGGUCGAAAUACAAUCUUUUUCCACACACACCUACACACGAUGCGUUCUUCAUUCUCCGGCUAGGCCCUCUCCGUAGGGACCCAUCCCCGUCGCGGUGUCGACGCCACGAAAUACCCUCCACGCGGCGCGAGUCUUUCCACCGUCUUACGCCGCACCCUAGGAUUCUUAAGUAAAGGACUAAAAAAUGUAUAAAAAAAGGAAAUAAUUAUUAAAGGAGGUAUAUCUAA